AUUUCAGAGCACAAAAGGACUCAAUCUUUUAAAAAAGGAUGUCUCUAAUGAAGGAGCGCAAACCCAAGAAACCUCAUUACAUUCCAAGACCUCCAGGUAAACCGUUUAAAUACAAGUGCUUCCAGUGUCCAUUUACCUGCAAUGAGAAAUCUCAUCUGUUCAACCACAUGAAGUAUGGACUCUGCAAAAAUUCUAUCACGCUCAUGACAGAGCAAGAUCGGGCUGUCAAAAGUCCUAAAACAAACUUGCUGGAGGCCAAGCCAGCAUCUCCUGAAGGGUUCGCCAAACCUAAUCCUGUUGUCACCAAUGUACUGACAGUCAUGGACUCAAAGGCUCAACCUGAUAUAACCAGAGAUGAGCUAAAAGAAAAUGUAGAAUUUAAAAACAAAGACGCAAUGUCUCAUGUCGAAAAGCCUCCAAACCAUAGGGAGCAUUCACUACCUUCACCAACUGGACACAGCCCAGUCAACAAGCCAGUAGUGAUUGACAGUGUUUUAAGACCUUCAGCUUUCAUCCCAGUUGGAGAGCACAGGUAUAUGAAGGGCAGCGAAGGCAGCCACAUACCAGAAAUUAUUCAAACCAUUGAUUCCAUCAAAGGAGUACAUAUGGCAAGAUCGGCUUUUCAGAGCAUCCCAACUACGUGGAAAUCAGUUGCUCCACCUGAGGUCAACCAGAAGGGAACAAUUCCACGAUACAUCCGCCCAAUGGUACAAGAUUAUACAACCCCGUUUUAUUCUGAUUCGGGCUUGCCUACUUUGUACCCUCCAUAUCUGUUUACAGGGAACCCUGCUGACUGUGACAAUCCCAUGCUCUCAGUCUACACUGCACCAGAGCAAAGACUCUACCGUCCCCAACCCAUUCAAAACUCAGGACUUUCUAUGCCAAAGCCAUUAAAUCCCUCUUUCGAUUACAGAUAUAUGUCACUCCAGCCAAACCCAUCAAUACCAUACGGUUAUUACCGGCCUUCAGAACAUUCCCUACUACAGUAUGCUUGGAGGCUGCCACAUGUGCCAAGCUUGUCCAAGGAACACACCCUUCAUACUAUAGACUCUCAAUCUUUUCCCUAUCAAAGCUCAAACCCACUACGUUUUUAUCCCAUGGACUCAAGUCAGAAACAACAUGAAAGCCAAAAAGACACAAUGCUGAGCCAAGCUAAGAUUGCAGAUCAAAAAAAUGAAGAUGGAAACUUAAAAAUGAGCCCUAGAGCUGGCAGUGCUGCCACAGGAUCCCCUGGCAGGCCAAGUCCAACCAACUUUACCCAGAACAGUCAAGUCUUCGAGGGCAUCUUUGAUCUUUCCAGCAAAUCUACCUCAACAGUUGGAACAAGUGACAGUUCAGAAGAGACUCUCACUGCUUUUAAGCCAGUAAGAAGAAGCACAGACUCCCAAACAUCACCGAUCAGAGGAAACUCUCCAUGCACUGGAAGUGAACUUGCCUUAUCCAACGCAAGCAGCUACUCAGCUGACCAUGAAUCAUCGUCAGAUUGUGAGGACGACUCCGGAAUUGCUCCUCUAAACCUCUCUAAGAGGCCAGAAACUGAGCCUAUUGAUAUCAUGGGGGAGCAGGACAUGCCUUUAAAUCUUUCCGUAAAAGACUCUAGCAAAAGGGACCGUUCAGUACCUCACAGUGAAGGUUCCUCAUCUCCAACAUACAGCCCCUUCUCUCCAAGUUACCUAAACAAAACCACCAAGGAGACCACCAACGCUUUAAGCGAGCAGUCGCUGAUCGAGAACUGUGACGAGCAAAAACAAUCCGCUGCAGUGGCACUUUGCCAGCUAGCCACAUACAGUCCAGGACCGGGAGCCCAAGCCAGCAAAGAGGACAUCUUGGAAAGCCAGACUGCUGCAAGAGUAUCAGGCGCUAAUCCCCCUGAUGUCCAAGAGGCAGAACACCAAGCUGAAACGAAGGGACAGAAACGGGUGAACCCAAAACAGGAAACAGGAAAGACUAAUGUUGUGAAUAAAAAAGCUAAAACUGCUGAUUCAGGUAGAGUGUUUACUCUAAGGAGACGGCAAAGAGUGUCCUAGACCAAAAUGUAUCAUGUGCAAAC